GCUUUUUCUGCAGUCUCCCUUCUGUGCUCAUUUCUAAUGCAAUGUUCACAGUGCAGCGUUGCUGUCCAGUUUACAAAGUAGUCUCUGCUUGCACGGUAAUAUAGUGGUGCUGGUGCAAUGCCCACAGGGCUGUUUUUUGCAGGGCACUUCUGCCUUUGAGCAUCUCUAAGGGUGCUGCUGGCAUCUGAGAUUGUGUAGCCUUGGAGAUAACUGUCCACGCCUUUCUUUCUGAUGCUGUUGCCUUAGAAAGCUACUGAGCUGACUCAGGUUGACUGAAUGGAGGGACAAGGAGGGGCAGGCACCCCAGAAUUGAGCAAGGAAGCACUGAACUUAUUAAAACCGUCUGAAUCUGGUGACCUGUCAACGGACAACACCCAUAAUCCUUCAGGCGAAGAGGAGGCUGGAAUUCCUAUUCCCAACUCCGGCUUUUUACAUGUGGCAGAAAGACGGCAGCCCCUGAGCAGCGUUUCUUCACUGGAGGUGCACUUUGACCUGCUUGACCUCACGGAGCUGACUGACAUGUCCGACCAGGAGCUGGCUGAGGUCUUUGCUGACUCUGAUGAGGAAAACCAAAAUGAAUCUCCAGUGUCACUCCACCAGCCUCCCAUCCCUCGUGGAGGAUACCUGCGCUCUCCCUCCUGGACACGAACCAAAGGAGAGCAAGGCCGUGAAAGGAAACCAAAUUCUAGUGAUUCAGAAGUAUGCCUAGAAACAACGGAGUCCAUUUUAAAGAUGGAGAGACCCAAACAACAUUGAGGAGGAGAAGGAGACCACUGCUUCCAACCCAUUCUGAGCCGCAGACUCUGGCAUUUACCAGUUUCUAUUUAAAACUGGUGCUAAAGAGAUGCUUGUAUUUGGACUUUGUGCACUGUUAACUAAAGUAGGCAAAUAGUGAGGGAGCACAGCUAUAUGGGGAACGUCAUCAGCUCACAUUCUGCUUUGAUUGGCUGUGUGUCCAGAAUUAUUCCAUUUAAGAGCCAGAUGGCCAAAAAAAAAAAAGUAUACUUUUCUGGAUGAAUGUUUUGCCUAAUUGCACACAGGGACCUGGAGUUAAGUCCAUCCCGAACACAAUGAAUGGGUCAUAAGUAGAAAAGACACGCUUACUCAGUCGAGAUCACCUUUCCUGUGAUACAUAUUAUUAUUUAAAGUGACCCUAACCUUAAUCUUUUAAGCACUUUCAAACACAUUGCAGUUUUAGGUAUUGAUGAUGCUGUUACAGGUCCACUAAAGAUAACUAACCCUCUGCA